AUGCCGCCGCGUCUGUACGAUUACUCACCGGACUCGCAGUCUCCCGCCACACCCGGCUCGUCGCGCAUCCCGCACUACCUCGUCUCGCCCACCACCGACGCGCCCUACUCGUCGCUCAACGAGGCGCUCGGCACCCCCACCAGCGCGUACCCGCCGUCCGCCGACAAGGAGCCAGCGCACAUGUCGUCCGACGGCCGCUAUCUCUACCACCAGCCACAGGGCGCCCAGCCCAUGCAGGCCGCGUACGACUACCCGCCCUACGCAUCCGCGCCGUACGACCCCGCCCAGAUGCCCCAGCACCCGCACCGCCAGAUGCGGCCCGCCCCCGCGCACUCGCCCCCGCACCCCCAGUCUUUCCAGCCCCAGCCUCCGCCCCAGCCCCCGUACCAGCCCCCGUACGCCUCCGCCAGCUACCCCGUCCAGCAGCACCCGCAACAGCACCACCAGCCCCCGCCCCAGCCCCAGCAGCACCCGCAGUGGACCGGCGACGGCUGGGCGCAGUACGCCCCGAACCCCGCCCCGCCGUUCGCGUCCGCGCCGGCCGUGCACGACCCCGCCUUUACCUCGGGGCCCGGCAGACCCGACGCGUACCAGCAGCCGCGCAUGCGCUCGUCCGCGUCGACGCCCCAGCCCCAGCCGCCCCCGCCACAACAGCAGCAGCAGCAGCAGCAGCAGCCGCCCCAGGCGAAGAGGGAGGCGUCGCAGCCCGCGGGGCGGGUGCCCAAUCCCAGCGCCCCCCCGGGGCUCGAUUUCCACAAGCUCCUCGAAUCCUACCGCCUCGCCAUCCACGAAGCGCAAGCACUAGGCAGCGCGCCGACGCCGCCGCCGGACGUGUUCGAGCGCAUCCGCCAGGCCACACAGUUCGGGUGGCAGGUGCUCGACACCGCCGCGAGCGCGCCGCCCGCCGCGCCCGAGAUGCCCCGCGAGGCGACGCCCGCGGGUGCGGGCGCGCCGGUGAAGAGGGAGGGGCAGCCCGUGCAGGAGGGACAGGUGUGCCUAGGGUGCAGCGCGACGUCCACGCCGGAGUGGAGAAGAGGGCCUAUGGGCCCGAGAACACUAUGCAACGCCUGCGGGCUCGUGUACGCCAAAAUGAUUAAGCGAAGGACGAGAGAUGCAGCGGGCGGCGGGCGCGGCGGCGCCAAGGGCCGCGCCGCGCGGCAGGGCUUCGGCGACGGCUCGAGCGGCGAGGGCGCCAGCGACGACGACGAGUCGUUCAACUCGCCCGGGCCGGGCGAGGCAGGGAGCCGCGGGGAGUGAGGGGGCGGGGCGCAUCAUCGUCUGCAGUUGUGUUGUGCUAGUGUGUCGUUUCCGUCUUUUCUGUCUGUCUCGUUUGUGGGAUAUGGGUUGUCUUCGGUCCCCCUGUUUUCAUCUGCCAUUUCCUCCGUUUCCGUUUCCGUGCACAGUCCCAAUCGCGUAUCCUGCGUCUCGAGUUGCUCGCCAGUCUCCUGUCUGUCUGUCUGGGAUUCCGCCACCGUCAGCCCUUCC